AUGGCCAUUCGCAACGGGUCGUUCGCGACUUUCCUCAUCGUCUGCCCAACGAGCUUCUUCCUCGGAAUCAUCUUCUCCCUCUUCCCCUACGACUACCCAAUCCUAUGGUCCCCGACCCCCACCCCGGCAACGCACUAUGACUACUUCGAAGCGCACCUCAGGUUCCUGCACGCCUCGCCGCCCCUCAUCCCGCGCAUGCUCCACAUCGUCAUGUUCCUCGGCCUAGCCGGCAUCCUCGCGAAGCUAUACCGCCCCUCCGAAUCAAACAUGCUCUUCGACGGCGCCUCCCUCGUCCUCUACAUGUGCGGCAUCACCGUCUACAUCGCAAACACCGUCAAGGGUCUGCGUCUCGUCUCGGGUGGCCGCUACGGCGUGGAACUGAUGUCCGGCCAUGGUGUGGGUGAGGAGUUGGCCGAGGGGGAGCAGAUCCUUGGUCGCGAGGACUCGCUGAAGGUGUUGGCUGCGAGUAACACUAUCCUUGCGCUGGUGCUGGUCGGCGUGUUGGUGCUGCAGGCGGGGCAGUGGUAUGCGGAGAGGAAGAAUGAGCAGGAGUAUGAGUCGCUUUCGGGCGCGAAGGGUGAGAAGGGCGAGAAGGGCGAGAAGGAGAAGGAGAAGGCGGGGAAGAAGAAUCGGUAG